GAUGAGAAUGAAUGUGAGGCUGGGACGCACAGCUGUGAUGCAAACGCUCAGUGUAGCAACACGAUUGGUUCAUUUACUUGUGCGUGUCUUCAGGGAUAUACAGGAAAUGGUCUGUCUUGUUCUGGUGAGUUAACAUGCUAAUUCAAUUGAAUGUCAGUGGAAAUUUUAAGAGUACGCAACAGAUACAAACAUAAAAAAUCCAAAACAAAUAAUAAUAAUAAUAAAAAUAAACAACAAUAACAAAGAGAAGCAACAAGUCCUGCACACUGUGUUGUAAAUCAUCCCUGAAAAGCCGCCAUCUUGAGGAGUGGAUAACCACAGGUGGCCCAAGAUCGAAAUAUCACCAUCGGCAUCGUUCGUAAUCUUCAAAAUAUAAGGAAUUUUAGGGGGAAAAAUACGAUUCUUAAAGGAAUCUAGAAAUGAAAAAGGAUUUAAAAAUCACCUAACCACAUUUCAGUUGCAGGUUUCUUUCUUUCCUUUGUGAUACUCGACUCGAACUAGGGCUAUUUUAUAGGCUUUUUUAGAACCGGUGUGGUAAAUUAAUGCAAAGAAAAGAAUGAAAGUAUAUAUUUGUUCGCAAUUGAGGUUUUCAGAAAGGCAAAUGAAACUAUUAUGUUGUGACAUAGACGGUACGAUGUUUGUGUUUUUAUGGUAAACGACAGUGGAUUUUUACAGAUAUCAAUGAAUGCACAACCAGUGCUCAUGACUGUCACGCAGAAGCAGUCUGUAGCAAUACAGAUGGUUCAUUCACUUGCAAUUGUAACCAAGGAUACACAGGGGAUGGAGAAGAUUGCGCCGGUAGGUUCUCAAUUUAUGUAUAA